CUGAGCCGUGAGCCGCGGAGCCCGUUUCUGGCAUCACUGACCCGCACCCGUACGUCGGGUACGUCGUCACGUCGUUCAACAUUAUCAUCGUCGUCAUCAUCGUCGUAAUCGUCGUGGAUAUUUUGUCGUCUACUCUGUUUUCUCUCGCGUGUAUUGCUUGCUCCGUAACGUCCGUCGAUCCGCAUUGACGCAAGGAAAUGGCUGGAGAUAUAUCUGAAUUAACACAUUAUAAAUAUGUUGGUCCAAGAAUUCUUUCUCCUAAAAUGCAUCAACCACGGAUUCAGGAAGAUAGAUUUGAGGAGCCUGAAAUACGUUUAUCGCGGUUUUUAUACGUUGGAAAGGAAUAUGCCAACUAUCAGCCUGGAUAUUGGUUUGUUCAUAAUUAUUUUAUAAUUAAAAAUGUUCCAUCUAUAGAAGAACUUGCCAGCAAUGAGGAAAAGCAACUGGUACCCAUAGAACUAAUCAUAAAAGCAUUUGAGAGCAAUCUUGUUCCACAUCCAGAAACUUUGGUAUUUGCUCUCGCUGUUUGCUGCAGGCAAAACAAGAGCGAGAUGUUGCGUAACGUGGCGUACAAUAAUGUAGCAAAGAUCUGUGCGUCUACACAGGACUUCAUCUUGUUUAUUAAAUUUGUCUCCAAACUGUGCAGGGAGAAAGAGUUGAAUUUUAUUACGCAAGGCUGGGGUCAAGGUUUGAGGAAGGCUAUUAACAAUUGGUAUCUUUCUAAAGAGCCAUUGGACCUAGCAAAAUGUGUCACAAAAUACAAAAGCAGAUAUGGUUGGAAGCAUAAAGACAUUGUCAAGAUGGCUCAUCCUUCAACCAAUAGUCCAGAAAAAGGAGUGAUACUGAAAUAUAUAAUACACGGCAUGGAAAAGACCAAAGCAGCUUUGGAGGACCAAUCCGAGAAUCCAAAUAUUAACGAAAUACUGAAAUACCUACAAAAUAUAGAAGACUUCAAACAUUGUGAAGAUGAAGUCCGAGCAGCUGCUCUACUGGAAAGAUAUGGAUACUCACUACAGCACGUACCUGGACAUUUGCUAAAAUCCAAGGAGGUUUGGAAUUCAUUGAUAUCGUCAAUGGAUACCAUUACACUCUUAAACAAUCUGCAAAGGAUUAGCAAUCUUGGAUUAUUAGAGUCGGAUGGAUUGGUAGUCGAGAAAGUAACGGAGCAGCUCACUAAUGCAGAACAUAUAGCGCAAAGUAAAAUUCAUCCAGCAUCAAUUUACAUCACUUUAAAAAAUUAUGAAAAUUGUGGAAAACCUGUAAGUUACGAGAAGCGAAAAGUCCAAGAAUCAGCAAAGAAAACUCUUCCGCCCGUACCUUAUCCGAAUAUCAAAGUAGUAAACACUCUACGCGAAAUGUUUGAUUUGUCAUUUACUCAUCAACAACCCACGAAUUUGCGCUACCUAGUGACAAUUGGCAUGAACAAGCCGAUGUUGGAAGGACGUGCUUGGCAGAACGCUAACAUGACUGGCGCCGAGACGGGCUGUCUGAUCGCGAUGAUGCUUUUACGUUGCGAAACGAAUGUUACCGUAGCGACGUUUAAGCACGUUGGAGUUUACACGGCAGACGUCGACAAGACGCAAUCCUGCAGCGACAUUUUGACGACAUUAAAGAAAAUACCAGUUGCAGGUAUUAAUCUGAGUAAACCCAUAUUGUGGGCCAUGAAGCAAAAGACGAAAUACGAUAUUUUUAUCAAUGUUGUGGAUCAAGUGUAUGAAAAGUAUGAUGAAUCUCAGAAAGCCCUCAUAUCGUACAGAGAUGAACUGAAACAUCCACAGGCAAAGCUGAUUAAUUGCAGCAUAUGCUGUUCCUCAACAUAUCGUAAGAUAAAUUGUGACAAAAAUAUCUUAACAAUUAACGGUUUCGACGCUACCGUACCUAUUGUCAUCCAGGCGUUCUCCCAAUCUUUGUUUUAAAUGUGAACACACAUUAAAUCUUUAUUCGAUAUGAUGCAAGAAGUCGAGCAAAGAAAGGGAGUUUAUUCUCUUAAAGCAUAUUUCGAUACAAAAGUGCAGUAAUACAUUGUUUUGGCAGUUUUAAAAGCCGAUUAUAGUGAGAUUAUACUGAUUUUUCUUCAAAAUCGAGUCAGACUGACAGGAAAACUAAUGUGAUGAAUAGAGAUGAAGGAAAGUUGCAAAAAGAGCUUUCAUCAAUUACUUAAAACAGUGGCAAAUUUUGAAGUCUCAAACUAUCUCGCUUUUUUUACAAGUUCCGAACAUCGGCUUGUAUUUGCAUAUACAUAACUGAAUCAAAUUGUUUAAUUUUGCCAUCUAUUAAUUCAUUUAAGAUCUAACAGAGAGAUAAUACAUUUUGAACGUAGAGUUACAGAGUAUUGCAAGUGAACAAUGAAGAUUGUCGAGAACAUACCGCGAGUAGCGCCGUGUACUAUUAUUGGCGCGUGACAAUGAUAUUAAAAUUAUCUAUUACAUGUUCUUAGUGUUAGGGAACAGCUGUGUAGUAUUUUCCUUUUUAUGUGUAAAAAAAAUCAAGUAUUUUUUUACUCCGGAUUUGGAUUUUCGACGAUAAUACUACUUAAAGUAACUCGGCGAUUUUAUUUUUAGCGAACAUUGGCGCGCGAUAUCGCAUCAAUUCGAUAAUCGUAUAAGCAAUAUAUAGGUCAGUUACACAUACUUUUUUAUUAAGCUGUUGCAUAUGAAAUCUUGUUUUUUAUAUUUUAUUUUAUUUUAAUAAUAUAUUUGAAAUUUGUAAGUACUUUCUUUUUUCUCUCUCUCUCUCUCUCUCUCUCUCUCUCUCUCUCUCUUUUUUUUUCCCUCCCCUGAAACAAGUUGAAAUCUUACAUUAUCAUUUGCUGUAAAAUUGCUAUCAAGGACAUGUUACAUCGAAGAUAUUGCUGCUUUUCUCUGUUUUUUUUUCUAGUAUUUAUAAAGAGAGAGGCAGAUACAAAAGAUUGUUUGAAUCUGAGUUAAAUUUAACUUAAACUUUACUUAAUUUUUAUUUUUAUGAGAAUGAUCGAAAAGAACAUAGAUAUACCGUUACUUAGCUUCAAAGAUAUUUUUGUGAUGUAAGACAUUUUAAAAAUAUCCGAAAGUUUUAUAUGCAACUGCAAUAAUCUUUGAAAAAGAAAGAAGUACAAUUCAAUAGUCCUAUGUUCCAUAAUAGUGCAUUAUCAGAGACACACUACGCAGCGAAAAGUUAGUUAUAAGACUGUACAGCGGAUACGGAAACGCGUAUCUUAAGUAACAUAUGGUGCAUUUUUUGACUAAUAUGAUAAAGAAAAAGAAAAAUCUUAUACUCUCUAAUAUUAUAUUACGCUCUAAUAUUAUAUUGCUUGCUUAAUACUGGUUGCCGGUUUACGCUUCUUUGUAAUAACGUGCGCGUAUCGAUAACGUGAUCUUAUUAGAAAAAACAGAAAAAAGAAACAAAAGUGACACGCUUCUGGUAACCGGUGCGCUUCUGGACAGUUAAAAAAUAAUAAUCUAAAAUAAGUAAAACUAAAAAGACAAAAAAAAAGAAGAAAGCGAAAGAGAGAGGCGAACGGUGAUGAACAUAGGAACGUUGAAAAUUUUCCCACUGUGAUACGCAUUUAGCCCCAAAGAGUUAUAGACUUACAUUAGUAUAAUUUUACUGUUACUAUCUCAUAUUUGCCAUAUCCAAAGUGAAGACAAGCGAGAGACAAAUACUAAAUACACUACUGAAUAAUAUACUGUGAUACGAGAUACAUUGUUGUUGUUCAAACUAGGGAAAUGAUAUUUAAGGCAACGCGGCCCAGAAGCGCACCGCAUUUUAUUAUAUUUGUUGAAUUUUAGUCGCUAUGCGCGAAUGAAUUAACGCGUGAAUUUUCUGUUGAAAAUUCUGUACCAUAUCUUUCGGCAACGAGCUCUUGAUCUACGAAUUAUCGUCUCGGGUUUUCCCCUUUCGGGUUUUCGCGUAUGAGAAGCAUAUGUACCUCCUUCAUACCUGAUUGCUAAAAAGUACAGCGUGGAUGAACAUUCUCAGGUCUCUGAAACAAAUUUCAAUUAAGUGCUUAACUGUUCACCUGUUCUUUGCAGCUGUCUUCUUGAUAAUCUGUGGAUCAAAAGCUAUCAACAGCAAUCAACGAAUGAAUUCUAUUUCAAUACAACAAUGUUUUGGAUAGAAUGUAUAAGUAAAUUUGUCUCUUUUAAACGAUUUUAAGCACUUUACUUUCCUAAUGAAAAUAAAAUCAAAUUCUAGUUAAUUCUCUAAAGAUUGAAGUCACACUUUUUUGCCAAAUUAGGCAAAAAGAAAAAGAAAUUGAUUUUUUAUUGUUGAUUGUUGAAAAAGUUUUAUCCAUACAUCACAUUGAGAAAUUAAUUAGCGAUAAACUAAGUUUCAAAAAAGAAAAAAGAAGGAAUGGAAAACCGAUUCUUUCUAUCAAUAUUUUAUCAAAACUUCUAUGUAUUCAAUUCAAGAUACGUUAUAUGCAACGAUUAAAACAUAUAUAGAAAUUUCUUAUAUAGAAAUUUUAAACAAAAUUACGUGUUUAUGACUCGAUGAAAGAAAACCGUUAUAAAUUUAUUGGUAAGGUUCGUAUUUCUCAAAAGAAAAUUCACACAAACGAUUGUUAAUCUCGGUUGUGCAGCGUUUUACCGAGAAUUUUGUAAUAAAUUAUAAUUUAUCGAAAGUAUUUAUCUUGUACUUUUACACAUUAUUUCUAAACUUGGUGUUUUGUGAGCAUUGCGCUCAGAGAAAUUAUUUAUACAUUUAUUGCGCGCGCACGCACGCACACACACACGUGUCUAAAUCGUUUAAUGUUCGGUGGGAGAAUUUCUAGCGCAUUUUUACGAGAUAACUUCGUGGCGCGAGAGCAAAAAAAAGAUCUGUUUUCGAAAAACGAAACGCGUCUAUAGUUACUGAAACGCGAGUUUAAGGAUAAUAUACACGCUACGAUCAUAUUAGUAGCUCAAUUGUAUUCACUGGCAUUAGCGAGUAGGCAUUACAUAGUAUUUGUAUAUGUAUGGGAGUGCGUCUCGCGAUCGGGAAGGAUUUCGUCUUUCAAGGGCUGCGUCUUCUUUUUUACAACAGACAUUUAUAAUAAUCAACCAAUUUAAUUCUAAACUCAAUCGCUAAUAGCAAUCUUAUCAUAGUACAAUCAGAUCUCUUCUAUAAUCGGAUAUGUAUAAUCGUGUGUGUAUAUACAAUAUAUUACAAAAUUAUAUUAAUUAUAAUAUUAAAUUUAGCUAUAGAGCAUUCAAUACUUGAAGGCAGAGUGUCAUGAGAAAUUCGAAAAAUAUCUCAGAAUCGAUCCUUCCCGCUUGCGGUGUGCACGCAAAUAUAUGUAUUCAUUAAUAUUAUUAUAUAAGAAUACGUCCGCGAAGUAUAUGAUAUAUAGACUGGCGUAUAUGAAGGAAGAAAACGGAGAAGAAAAGGAAAAAAAAAGAAGAGAAAGCAGUAGUAUAGCCAGAACUUGAAGGGAAUCACUUAUCCACGCUGUUAUUUCACAGUCCAGUUGAUUUCGGAAGUUGCGCUGUGCAAUUAAACACGAAGAAGGAAACAAUAUGUUAAAUGUGUUCAUGAUAGAUGAAGAAAAAAAGAUAUUUGACGCGUAAAGAGAGAAGAAUGAGCGGAAAAUAGAAAUUCUGCAUUACGUAGUUAUUAUAAAACGGUGAUGGAGAGGGAAGAAGAGGAUGUAACGAGAUGAAUCGCGGGACAUAUGUGUGGCACCAAGUGCGAUAUACGACGUCUCGGAUCAUUACUAUGUUCUCUAAGCGGGAACAAGUCAGCUUCCUUGCCGAAGACGAUCCUCUGAGGUUCCGGAUCUAAUUUCAAUUGAUUUCGACCAGGAAGCACACACACAUGAACGUACUUUAUCCGAUUCGUAAGCAUUACAGGCAUCAUUACCGUCUCGAGGCAAAUACCUUUAGUAUUCGCAAGUCUGCGUAGGACUAAAGAAAACACUGUGAAGAGAUAUAUAUUCAUACUCGUUAAGGUAGGUAGGUAUCUUGAACUCGUUGAAAAAAGAUUUAUAUCGCUCGCUAAAUUAAUUAAUAAUUUCGUACAUUAAUGAUUUGUUAACCGAAGGACUUCCAUUUUUAAUUUCAUUCUCUUUUCUUUUUUAUUUUCGAUCCUCUAUCAGUCAUAUGCAGACUUACGUUUGUGACUAAUAUAAGUAUACACAAGUACGAAAAUAAUACAUCAUGUUCCUUAGGAUUAUACAUAUUGUAUAUGAAAGACAAAGUUUAUAAUUCCAUAAUUAGUACAUUGUCGCUUCAACGAUCUAAGAAGAAUCUAGAAAAAAAGAAAAGUGCUCAAUACCCGUUGUUCGAAGCUUUCGAUGCAAAUGCCAAAAGUAUGAAGAAAAAAAGAAAAGUGAAAUCUCUCGAAGAACGGCAUAUAUAUUCAAUUCUACAUGUACAAAAACCGCAAUGAAAUACCUCGUUACCUUGUUCUCAGUGUAAAAUAGUAAGAGCGAAUUGUACUAACUUUGCGAGUUACGACGAAAAUUGUCCUUCUCGUUGUUCGUGAUUCACGCACUGAACGCCUAUGUCUUUUGGCCUUACCUUUUUACAUACAGAAAGAAAAAUCCCAAGUAAAGGCGAAACAAAUCGAUUCACAGGCGAAUAAUACCGUCGUUCACUUCAGCUGCUGCCUGUUCAGUGGAUUUAUGUUAAACGUUUUACACGUUUCGGCAUCUCUGAGAAAAAGAGCUUUGAGAUUCUUGAGAAACAUUCCCCCCGUGUGUAUCUCUUAACGUGUAUUAUUGUAUAAUCAUCAUAAAAAAAUUACCUUUACAGCGCGAACGUUAAUUAAAAAUGCUAUUCUUACGGCCAACCAUCUUUCUUCCCACAUAUGCUAUCAAAGGGAUGUGUGUCAUAAAAAAAAAAGUAGAAAAUAUUUUUCAACAAUCUCAAAACUUCUUUUCAGAUUUUUAUGCGUGUAUAUUAAUUUUGCAACGCCCGGAAUUAUAUCGCUGCGAAUUGACUUCUCGACUUCUUCUCGUUCUCGUUUUCGUUUUAAGGAUAGUAUUAUUAUUAUUAUUAUUAUACGUGUACAGAUUGCACAAUUCGUAAAGCGAUAUUAUUCGGUGAUUUGGAAACUGAAGUAAGAGGAAUUGUCGUACACAUGCUGUGUGGAAAAAGUUUCAAAAUUAAUCUGUACAACAGGUGAAAACUUUGAGGAAAUUAUUUGCCGUUUUUAAUUCGCAAAUUAACGAUUUUUUCGUAAUUUUUAAGAAUUAGUCUGCAGUGUCGUGCGAUAAAUUACAUUUUAAACGAAUAAAAUGAGAUGUGUAGCUGAAUAGCAUGAUAUCGCAAUAAUUAAAUUGAAAUUAUUCUAUUUAUUUUUAUCGCGUGAACAACACUUGAUUGCGAUUGUGAUUAUUCCGCGAUAUCAAAUCCUCGAAAUGUUGUAGCGUUUACUUUCGUAAAAAAAAAAAAAAGUAGGCAACAACUGUUUGGAUCGUAAUUCAAGAUCGCAAAACUUUUCCAACACAGCUAUAAAUUCCCCAUUCUAUCGAUAUUAUUUUUGUAUCUAAAUAAAUUCGUGAAAAAUACGUAAGCGCCUAGUAUCUUGUUCCGAGUGAAUUAAUGUGUUCGGAAAGUUCCAUUCGGAGGAGCGAAUUAUGUUAUCAUCAUCGUGUCUGUUAAUGGUUGUAUUCUGAUAUGCAAAAUAGGAGCGAAAGAAUUUAUAUUAAGUAAGAAACUGAUUAUGUCUAUACAAACUCCGUGCUGUUUUUGUUACACAUCAUUAAAAAAUUGAACGUCAUUAAAUAAAUUUCUCAGAACU